AUGCCGAAGACGGACGUCCUGAUAGUAGGGUCUGGCUCAGCAGGCAUAUUCGCAGCAACCUGGCUCGCCACCUACAACAUCCCCUUCACAAUUCUAGAACGGCGCUCCGGGCCCCUGGAGAUAGGGCAAGCAGACGGCGUCCAAGUCCGGACAGUCGAGAUCUACGACUCCUUUGGGCUCGCCGAGGACCUGCUGAGAGAAGCCUACCACAUCUACGAAGUGUGUUUCUGGGGUAUCGACGAUGAGGGCAAGGGCGGUAUCAAGAGGAAGAGCAGGUCUAUCGACACUGAGAGCGGGCUCAGCCAUCUGCCGCAUGUCAUAUUGAACCAGGCGAGGAUGAACGGGCUGAUGUUGGGGAAGAUGGAGAAGAUCAUGAAAGAGAAAGGGGUGUGGAAAGAGGCGACUGCGAAUGGGAUCGAGUACGGUUGGACUGUGACAGGUAUUGAAGUCGAUCAGAAUACCGUCACAGACCCAGAUGCACACUGCGUCCGCGUCUCUGCCUCCAAAGACUCCAAAAGCGAAAUAUGGGAGGCGAAGUACGUCCUAGGCUGCGACGGCGCCCACUCAACCGUCCGCCGCUCCCUCAACUACCACAUGCUCGGCGACACCACCGACACCGUCUGGGGCGUCAUGGAUAUCUACCCACUCACCAGUUUUCCCGACAUCCGACGCAAAUGCACCAUCCACUCCACCAGCGGCAAUCUGCUCAUCAUCCCGCGCGAAGGUGGCAGCCUCGUGCGCUUCUACAUCCAGCUCCCCCCGGGCUCGCAGCCAAAGGAUGUAAAACUUGAAGACCUGCAAAACGCCGCGCGCGCAAUCUUUGCGCCGUAUAGUAUGGACGUUGCGGAGACGUUUUGGUGGAGCGCAUACUCCAUCGGCCAGCGCCUAGCGGACAACUUUCACAAGGACAUGCGCAUCUUCCUCACCGGCGACGCAUGCCACACACAUUCUCCCAAAGCCGGGCAGGGCAUGAAUAUCUCCUUGCAAGACGGGUACAAUUUAGGAUGGAAACUGGGCUCUGUCCUCUCUGGGCUGUCGCCCCCGAACAUACUUGAGAGCUAUGUCCAGGAGAGGAGUAAGACUGCGGCAGAUUUGAUAGCCUUUGAUAGAGAGCUCAGCGCAAUGUUCUCGAGAAAGGAAAAGAUAGAUGGCGAGUUUGCGGAGUAUUUUACGAAGAGUGGGAGGUAUAUGGCGGGUUUUACGGCGCGGUAUGAGGACUCCAUCGUCACAGAUCUUAAUGGCAGUGAGGAGGGAGGAGCGACGGGGGUCAAGGUGGGGAUGCGGUUUCCGAGCGCACAAGUCAUCAGGUUCUGCGAUGCGAAGCCCCUGCAGUUGCAGACUGUUAUGCGAAGUGAUGGGAGGUGGAGGGUCGUUGUGUUUGCGGGGGAUAUUGGGAAGAAGGGGAGUAAGCAGAGUAAGGAGAGGUUGGAGAAGUUCGCGACGACCCUCGAGCACGCUAUUCGGCGGUUCACGCCCGCUGCGUCGCAUCCCGACAGCGUUAUCGAGCCUAUACUCGUCCUGAGCACACGCUUCAAGGAUACUGAACAGGGUCAGGUACCAGAAGUCUUUAGCCCUAAGACUGGCAAGUGGGGAAUCAAGGAUCUGCAUAAGACGUACAUCGAUGACGAGCACUACAAUGCUGGGCAUGGAUAUGCGUACGAGAAGUAUGGUGUUGAUCCGGAGAAAGGUGCGGUGGUUAUUGUGCGACCGGAUCAGUACGUUGCGAGGAUUCUGGGGUUGGACGAUGGAGCGGGCGUGGAGAAAACCUUCUCGGGAUGUCUGUUAGAACAGAAAGGCGUGGUGAACGGGGUUGGUAAGCACUCGUUGCACUAGAUAGGUUG